AUGGGGACUUGCCACCUGCCAGUCCUGGUCCUAGGCUGUCUCCUCGCAGGGCCGAGCCUAGUCCUCUGCCAGCUUUCAUUACCCUCCAUCCUCCCCAACGAGAAUGAGAAGGUUGUGCAGCUGAAUUCGUCCUUUUCUCUGAGAUGCUUUGGGGAGAGUGAAGUGACCUGGCAGUACCCCCUGGCUGACGAGGACCCCAAUGUGAAAAUCAGAAACGAGGAGAACAACAGCGGCCUCUUUGUGACGGUGCUGGAAGUGGCCAACGCCUCGGCCGCGCACACGGGACUGUACACUUGCUAUUACAACCACACGCAGAGCGAGGAAAGCGAGAUCGAAGGCAGUCACAUUUACAUCUACGUGCCAGACCCAGAUGUAGUCUUCGUACCUCUGGGAAUGACAGACUAUUUAGUGAUUGUGGAGAACGAUGAUUUUGCCAUCAUACCGUGUCGCACGACUGACCCUCAGACUCCGGUGACCUUGCUCAGCAGCGACGGGGUGGUCCUCGCAGACUACGACAGCCGGCAAGGCUUCAACGGGACCUUCUCCGGGGGCCCAUAUGUCUGCGAGGCCAUCGUCAGGGGGAAGAAGUUUCACUCCAUCCCAUUUAACAUUUAUUCUGUCAAAGCCACAUCGGAACUUGAACUAGAAUUGGAAGCUCCGAAAACUGUCUACAUGGCCGGGGAAACCAUUGUGCUCACCUGCAUCGUCCUAAACAACGAGGUGGUUGACUUUCAGUGGACUUACCCUGGAGAAGUGAAAAACAAAGGUGUCGUAAUGCUGGAGGAAAUCAAGGACCCAUCCAUCAAACUGGUGCACACCCUGAUGGUGCCCAAGGCCACUGUGAAGGACAGUGGAGAUUACGAAUGCAUUGCCCGCCUGGCCACCAGGGAGGUCAAAGAGAUGAAGAAAGUCACCAUCACUGUCCACGAGAAAGGGUUCAUUGAAAUCCAGCCCGGCUUCAGCCAGUUGGAAGCUGUCAACCUGCAUGAAGUCAAACAUUUUGUGGUGGAUGUGCAGGCCUACCCCCCGCCCAGGAUAUCCUGGCUGAAGGACAACCUGACUCUGAUCGAAAACCUCACGGAGAUCACCACCGACAUAGAAAAGAUCCAGGAGAUAAGGUACCGAAGCAGACUAAAGCUGAUCCGUGCUAAGGAGGAAGACAGCGGCCAUUAUACUAUCGUCGUUCAAAAUGAAGACGACAUGAAGAGCUACACUUUUGAACUCUUAACUCAAGUUCCCGCAUCUAUUCAGGACUUGAUCGAUGACCACCAUGGCUCCACGGGGGGACAGACCGUGAGAUGCACAGCUGCAGGGACACCUCUUCCUGAAAUUGAGUGGAUGAUUUGCAAGGAUAUUAAGAAAUGUAAUAAUGAGACUUCAUGGGCGAUUUUGGCCAACAACAUCUCAAACAUCGUCACGGAAGUCUCCCACCAGGACAGGCACACGGUGCAGGGCCGGGUAACGUUUGCCAAAGUGGAGGAGACCAUUGCGGUUCGAUGUCUGGCUAAGAAUCUCCUUGGCGUUGAGAACCGAGAGCUGAAGCUGGUGGCUCCCACUCUGCGUUCUGAGCUCACGGUGGCAGCAGCAGUCCUGGUGCUAUUGGUGAUUGUGAUCAUCUCACUGAUUGUCCUGGUUGUCAUUUGGAAACAGAAACCAAGGUAUGAAAUUCGCUGGAGGGUCAUCGAAUCAAUCAGCCCCGAUGGACACGAAUACAUUUAUGUGGACCCGAUGCAGCUGCCUUAUGACUCGAGAUGGGAGUUUCCAAGAGACGGACUUGUGCUGGGUCGCAUCCUGGGAUCUGGUGCGUUUGGGAAGGUGGUUGAAGGAACUGCCUACGGAUUAAGCCGGUCCCAACCGGUCAUGAAAGUAGCAGUGAAGAUGCUUAAACCCACAGCCAGAUCCAGUGAAAAACAAGCUCUCAUGUCUGAACUGAAGAUAAUGACCCACCUGGGGCCGCAUUUGAACAUUGUCAACCUGCUGGGCGCCUGCACCAAGUCAGGCCCCAUUUACAUAAUCACUGAGUACUGCUUCUACGGGGAUUUGGUCAACUACUUGCAUAAGAACAGGGACAGCUUCCUGAGCCACCACCCCGAGAAGCCAAAGAAAGAGCUGGACAUCUUCGGGUUAAAUCCUACGGAUGAAAGCACACGGAGUUACGUUGUUUUAUCUUUUGAAAACAAUGGCGACUACAUGGACAUGAAGCAAGCUGACACCACACAGUACGUCCCCAUGCUGGAAAGGAAAGAGGUUUCUAAGUACUCGGACAUCCAGAGAUCGCUGUAUGACCGCCCAGCCUCCUACAAGAAGAAGUCUCUGUUAGACUCGGAAGUCAAAAACCUCCUUUCAGAUGAUAACUCGGAAGGCCUGAGUUUGUUGGAUUUGCUGAGCUUCACCUAUCAAGUUGCUCGAGGAAUGGAGUUUUUGGCUUCCAAGAACUGUGUCCACCGGGACCUGGCUGCUCGCAACGUCCUCCUGGCACAAGGGAAAAUCGUGAAGAUAUGUGACUUUGGCCUGGCCAGAGACAUCAUGCAUGACUCGAACUACGUAUCGAAAGGCAGCACCUUCCUCCCUGUGAAGUGGAUGGCUCCUGAGAGCAUCUUCGACAACCUCUACACCACGCUGAGUGACGUCUGGUCUUACGGCAUUCUGCUCUGGGAGAUCUUUUCCCUCGGUGGCACCCCCUAUCCUGGCAUGAUGGUGGAUUCUACUUUCUACAAUAAGAUCAAGAGUGGGUACCGGAUGGCCAAGCCUGACCAUGCCACCAGUGAAAUCUACGAGAUCAUGGUGAAGUGCUGGAACAGUGAGCCGGAGAAGAGACCCUCCUUUUACCAUCUGAGAGAGAUUGUGGAGAACCUGCUGCCUGGACAGUAUAAAAAGAGUUAUGAAAAGAUUCACCUGGAUUUCCUGAAGAGUGACCAUCCUGCUGUGGCGCGCAUGCGAGUGGAUGCUGACAACGCCUACAUUGGCGUCACCUACAAAAACGAGGAGGACAAGCUGAAGGACUGGGAGGGUGGCCUGGACGAGCAGAGGCUGAGUGCUGACAGCGGCUACAUCAUCCCUCUGCCUGACAUCGACCCCAUUCCUGAGGAGGAAGACCUGGGCAAGAGGAACAGACACAGCUCACAGACCUCUGAAGAGAGUGCCAUUGAGACAGGUUCCAGCAGUUCCACCUUCGUCAAGAGAGAGGACGAGACCAUUGAGGACAUCGACAUGAUGGACGACAUUGGCAUAGACUCCUCAGACCUGGUGGAGGACAGUUUCCUUUAA